UGACUGCAUCCUCACGUACACAUCGCAUACUUGCCGUGCCCAGCCCUUCUCAUUCAGCCCGCGAACGUCCACAUUGCUGCACGAGACUACAGAGAACGAAGCUGAAAUAUCAAGAUGGAGUUGAAUUGUGGAUUAAAAUGCCUGAAGUAUCUCCUGUUUGCCUUCAAUUUGAUUAUAUGUAUUGUUGGUAUAGCAGCCCUGGUAGUAGGGAUCGUGUCGAUGGUGGAAGACAGCAAUCUGUUUAGCCUGCUGAAGUUAUCCCUGGACCAGUCCACUCUUGUCCAGUCAUCGUCCGUGAUUAUCAUAGUUACUGGCGUCAUUCUGUUUCUGAUUGGCUUCAUUGGAUGUUGUGGUGCCUAUAAGGAGAAUGUGUGCAUGCUGGGAAUUUAUGCUGCGGUUGUUUUGGUCAUUAUCAUCAUUGAGAUAGCUGGUAUUGCUGUGGCUGCAGCAUUCCAAUCACAGGUGACUGAUGAACUUAAAAGUGGUCUCAAGAAACACAUUAUGGAAGAUUAUGAUGGAACUGGAACAAAGGACACUUUCACCUUUUUCAUUGAUGCUACCCAGGUCCAGUUUGACUGCUGUGGAGUAGACAGUCACAAGGAAUUCCUGAAUGCAACCAAGUGGAACAGGGGCAAUGCCACUAUUCCUCUGUCAUGUUGUGUCCUACGAAACAAGGAUGAUUAUUCAAGCAAUCCUUCCCAGGCUGAGGCCAGGGAUCCAAACUGUCAGCGAUCGCCAGACACAACCAACUCUUACAUCAACAAGCCCUGCUACAACUCUAUCAAGGACUUUGCUAUGAAGAAUGCAAGAAACAUCAUCAUUGUUGGAGUAGUGGUCCUGCUAGUUGAGGUGAUCUGCUUCAUCAUUGCGGUGUGUCUAUGUAACAGAUUGAGAAAAGACGGUGGCACUAAUGCCUAGACUACAUGCUCCAGAAGUCUCCCUUCAGUCAUGUGCCUUGUUCCUCUUAAAAGGAGGAAUUUGUCAAAAAAAUUUAACAAAACAAGAAUUGAAUAAUGUACAGGUUUGGACUUUUGGAUGCCUUUUUUUUUGUUUUGCAAUUUUGAUCAAAAAGAAAAAUGUAUUUAUUUACUCAUUUGAGAACAAAAAUGAAAGAAAUUAGUUUCUAGUGAAAAACUGUCACCAAAAUCUUUUUUCAUGGAGAAAAUACUCAGAUUAGCAAAUUUUAUUAUUUGUCGACUUAGAAGUCAGAAUCUCAGUGUAAAGUGUAUCUGAUAUGAACAUACAGAUGCUGAAUGUGUAUUUAUCAUUGUAACGAGACAUGUUUAACAUACAACAAAUUGGCUGUUGUAGAUGAUUGCUGUAUUUCUAGAUCCAUAUAGAAUUUUUUCAUUUCAUUUACAUGAAUUUAUUAAUUUUUUUAACUGGCCAUAUUAUUGUUACUAUUUUUAGAACCUUACUGUUUAUAGAAUGUUAUACAAUUUUUCAUUACUUUAAUCAUUUAGUCAAUACAAUGUUCUAAUAACAUCCAACUUUGAACAAAUACACCUGAACCUAAUCCAUGUAGUGUUACCAUAGCAACACUGUCAUUCAAAAUAAUUGAAAUGUUUUUAUGGGUAAUUUGGUCAAACUAUAUAAUGAUGAUCAACUUGUAAACAUUGUCUUUUACAAAAUGUUAUUUUUUAAUGCCUUAUGUGUUUGAAAAUGUGUAUUCAUGAAUGACUGGCAGGUUUGAAAAAAGUCUGCUGUAAGAGGUUGGUGAUUGUCUCCCUUGAUUUUGUUUUCUAAACUGGAACCUUAUGUUGGUUUCACUUCUUCUUUAAGAAAUGUACCAGUAUUUUCAAUAUGAUAAACAAUAUUAAGGAUCCUGAUUCACUCUACAAGUCUAAAGCCAUUAGACUACUAGAGUUGAAUUACAGCAAUCCGUAGUUUUUACAUCGGUUGCCAUGGUAACAAGGUGAUGACGGAGUAAUUUGUUGUAUUUGCAAUGUCUACGCAUUCAUUAUUUACAAAGUUUAAUUACUAAGUCAAUAAGUAUGUAGACUAAUCAUGUCACUUUUUGUAUCCCUCACAUGAAUUUGUGAAAAGCAAUUUUUUUCCAAGUGUUGUAUUGGUUCAUUUAGACCUUUCAAUAAAAAAAAAACACAAGGCCUCCGAUUUAAAUCGAGCAGUUUCACAGAUUACUUUAUUAUUUUCCUUGAGGGGAUUACUGAAGUAGGUAUCACUGUGGGUUUAAGUUUUUAAUGUUGUUUUGUUUUGAAAAAGUUGCGGUUGUUAAAGAUUUGUUCUUGACCUUAAUUUGUUAUUUUGUCUCCAUCAAGGCUUUUUAUUGUAGAAUUGUACAUUUUUUAAUCAGUGGUUGAACUCUUCAUUACCUAAUGCUUACGUAGAUUCUAAAUUUCAAAAUUAAAUUUUGAUGUACGUGUCUUGUUCUUGCCACACAAACACAGAUAAUCAAAUCACCAUGUUGUAGAUGUAAAGGGGCGUAACUCUAGUUGAUGGUACUCUUCUGUUCUUUAAAACUGUUAAUGUGUUCCAAUGCAAAGGUAGUGAUUAGUGUAUAUUUAGACAUAAAUGUGCCUAUUUUGAUGAAAAUUCAAAAGUGACCAUGAGAAAUUCUAUCACACCUUGGAUAUUUUGCUAUUUUUAGAUCAUUUAUCAUUGAAGGAUGCUGAUACCUAAGAGAUGGCUAUUUUUAGAUCAUUCAUCAUUGAAGGAUGCUGAUACCUAAGAGAUGGCUAUAUUUAGAUCAUUCAUCAUUGAAGGAUGCUGAUACCUAAGAGAUGGCUAUUUUUAGAUCAUUUAUCAUUGAAGGAUGCUGAUACCUAAGAGAUGGCUAUUUUUUUUCUACUUUUGAUACAGGUAGUGUUGAUCUCUCUUCCUAGUUAUAUAACACAUGUAUAGAAUUAUAACAAAAUAAAAACAAACUAUAAGUA